UUAAUGCAAUAGUUAAUACAAUAUAACCUCUCUCUGUUGACAACUGUUUGUCAACAAGAUGACAUUAAUCAAAAAUAAUUAUUAAAUGUCUAGUUAUAGCAGCUGCAUAAGUCAAAACAGAAACAUGUUUAAUCGUAUGAAAUCAGUAUUAAUGAGCGCUGUAGGCGCGAGUGAACUUGGUCUACAAUACCCCAAUGAUUCAGAUAAUGAUGUGAUGACAGAUUAUAUUAACUCUAAUUAUGUAGUGGAAGUGGAUAAACCAUAUAGUCGGCCAAGUUUUCUAGGCUUGACAUCUGAAGAGACGCAGAAUGAUAAAUUAAAAUUAAAUGUUUAUAUUUGUUUCUAUGUGAUCAGGGCGGUAUUAGUUUUAGGAGAGGAACAACGUGCUCUUACUAGAGAUCAUACCCCUGAUUCUGAAUCAAAUCGUGUUAGAGCUUUAGGUUAUCUAAGAAGCAAUGAGUUGCUCAAAGGUCAUUUCACUCCAUUGGAAUUUAGGAAGAGACCAUUGCAGAAGGAACUGGGAUCUAUGGUUUUAUAUAGAGAACCUUUUAUGACAGGUUGGGCAUAUAAAACUUUAACACAUCUUGACUUGAAAUUACCGCUCAUUUCGGGACAUGGAAAAAGGAGUAGAGUAAUGGGAACGAUAGGCGUUACUAGAGGUUUUGGAGAUCAUGGCUUGAAAGCAGCAAAUACUGGUGUCAAUAUCAAACCAUUUCUAUCAUCGCAACCUGAAGUACAAUCUUUGGAUUUAGAUAGUUGCAAUCUUACCGAACGAGAUUGCAUUAUUGUCGCUACGGACGGACUCUGGGAUGUAGUAACAGACAAAACAGCGGCAGCAAUACUUAGGAAGACCCUUGCACCUGAUACUCCAUCAUUAGAAUAUAGAUUAACAAUGGGUGCUCAAGAAUUGGUGCAAGCGGCAAGAGGUCGAUUAAUUGGUAGAGUAUGGAUGGGAAAACCAGAAAAUUCUAAUGAAACAGAUGAAAAAUCCUCACCUAUAGCAUCAGUAGAUGACAUUAGUGUAUUAGUAGUUCCUUUAUAUCCUUAUUUAUGCGAACAUAAGCAGUGGAUGAAAACGACGCAACAAGAACGAAAAUAUGCUGCGGAUUCCCUAACAACAAUAUGCUUCGAUUAUCCGAUUUCUAAUAGAUCCACUGAUAAUCCUGCAUAAUGAAUUCUUUCAAAUAUCUGAUAAUAUAAUCUGCGAUGAAAGAGCUAGUAGAAUAAUAUUACUAAAUACACAGCUAAAA